AUGGACAUUAUCACGUUGUUAAAGGUACUAACGGUAAUAUCACCUGAAACACAAGUGAUUUUUCAAGGCCAUUACGAAGAGGUAUUGCAAUGCAAAACGAUUGAGGAAAUGAUGUAUUGUUUUGGACCAAUAAUGACGCGCUUCUUCUUGGACGAGGCGAUACCCUACGAAAAACGUUAUGAAAUAUUCGCUGCAUUUGGUGAUCACAAAAAGAUGAUUGCAAGACUCGAACCACUUCUGAACGCACUAGACCCACAAAACACUGGUACGAUAAAAACUUUCAUUAACGACAUCCAAAUAAUAAAGUCCGGAUUUUGUGGACACUUAUCAACACCAAACGAAGAGAUGUUCCAACACUUUUUGGACUAUCAUAAAGAGAUUAUAGCACCAAAGGAAUACAAUAUUAGUCAUAUGGUCGACCCCUUUUACGCGCCAAUCAGCCAACUCACGGAAAAGAUGAAGUGUGCAACACCAACCCAACUGAGUCAAGUCGCGCAGGUACUUUCAAUGGAACACAAAGGAAUGGUUUUCGAGGACGACAUUGAACUCGACUUGAACACCCUCAGCACUCCAAUCCUUCUCAGACUGCUUACAAUUUUUCACUGA